GCUGGCCUUGCCAGUACUCGGGGACUUCCUCCGCGAGCCCGCUUCCUGCACGGCUGGCAUUUAAACCGGCGCUUGGGGCUGCGGGCUGCGGCUGCGGAUGCUGAGCUGUCCGGGGGCAGGGCGACGCCGCCUCCUCUCCAGAGCCGGCCGGCCGCGCAGGAGUCGAGCCGCAGCAUCCCCUCGCGGCACCCGGGCCAGGGCAGGAGAGGUCGGGGGACAGGUCGGGGACCCGGCAUCGCACCCCGGCAUCUGGCGGUUUCAUUGCAGGUCUGACUUUAAUUUCCGAGAUCGCAGCCCUUCUGCCCGGCGUAGAUUAUUUCUGCUCCCCACCCCGCCUUGGUCGCUGCUUGCGGCGCGCGCUUGGCUGGGCCCCAGGAGCUCGGGCAGGGCGCGUUCCCGCCGCCCCAGGGACCCCGGCGCCGCGCGCCCGGCCAUGGUGCGGCCGAGCCCGGCGCUCGGGAGGCGGNCGCGGGGGGCGAGCGGCGGCCGCGAUGUUCAGCUGGCUGGGUUCCGACGACCGCCGGCGGAAGGACCCCGAGGUCUUCCAGACGGUGAGCGAGGGGCUCAAGAAACUCUACAAGACCAAGCUGCUGCCCCUGGAAGAGCAUUACCGCUUCCACGAGUUUCACUCGCCCGCCCUGGAGGAUGCCGAUUUCGACAACAAGCCCAUGGUCCUGCUGGUGGGCCAGUACUCCACUGGGAAGACCACCUUCAUCAGGUACCUCCUGGAACAGGACUUCCCCGGCAUGAGGAUUGGUCCCGAGCCGACCACGGACUCCUUCAUCGCUGUGAUGCACGGACAGGUGGAGGGGAUCAUCCCUGGGAACGCCCUGGUGGUGGAUCCUAAGAAGCCUUUCAGGAAGCUGAACGCCUUUGGCAAUGCCUUCUUGAACAGGUUCGUGUGUGCCCAGCUGCCCAACCCAGUGCUGGAGAGCAUCAGCGUCAUUGACACGCCGGGCAUCCUCUCUGGGGAGAAGCAGAGGAUCAGCCGAGGGUACGACUUCGCGGCCGUCCUGGAGUGGUUCGCCGAGCGGGUGGACCGUAUCAUCCUGCUCUUUGACGCCCACAAGCUGGACAUCUCUGAUGAGUUCUCCGAGGUCAUCAAGGCCCUCAAGAACCACGAGGACAAGAUGCGGGUGGUGCUGAACAAGGCGGACCAGAUCGAGACGCAGCAGCUGAUGCGGGUGUAUGGGGCCCUCAUGUGGUCCCUGGGAAAGAUCGUGAACACCCCGGAGGUGAUCCGGGUCUACAUUGGCUCCUUCUGGUCCCACCCCCUUCUCAUCCCCGACAACCGGAAGCUCUUCGAGGCCGAGGAGCAGGACCUGUUCAGAGAUAUUCAGAGUCUUCCCCGAAAUGCCGCGCUGCGCAAGCUCAAUGACCUCAUCAAGAGAGCCAGGCUGGCCAAGGUUCACGCGUACAUCAUCAGCUCCCUGAAGAAGGAGAUGCCGUCGGUGUUUGGAAAGGAGAAUAAGAAGAAGGAGCUGGUGAGCAACCUGGCUGAGAUUUAUGGCCGCAUCGAGCGGGAGCACCAGAUCUCGCCUGGGGACUUUCCCAACCUGAAGAGGAUGCAGGACCAGCUGCAGGCCCAGGACUUUAGCAAAUUCCAGCCCCUGAAAAGCAAGCUGCUGGAAGUGGUAGAUGACAUGCUGGCCCACGACAUCGCCCAGCUCAUGGUGCUCGUGCGGCAGGAGGAGACGCAGCGGCCCGUGCAGAUGGUGAAGGGCGGAGCGUUCGAGGGCACCCUACACGGCCCCUUCGGGCACGGCUACGGGGAGGGGGCCGGGGAGGGCAUCGAUGACGCCGAGUGGGUGGUAGCCAGGGACAAGCCCCUGUACGACGAGAUCUUCUACACCCUGUCGCCGGUGGACGGCAGGAUCACAGGGGCCAACGCCAAGAAGGAGAUGGUGCGUUCCAAGCUGCCCAACAGCGUGCUGGGCAAGAUCUGGAAGUUGGCUGACGUUGACAAGGACGGCAUGCUGGAUGACGAGGAGUUCGCGCUGGCCAACCACCUCAUCAAGGUCAAGCUGGAGGGGCACGAGCUGCCCAACGAGCUGCCCGCCCACCUGCUGCCCCCGUCCAAGAGGAAAGUGGCUGAGUGAGGGGCAGAGGAGGUUCAGAGCAGGCAGGGGUUUGAGGGGAUGGGAGAGGAGGACACACACACACCAUACACACACACGCACACACACUCGCACACGCAGAUCUUGAGAACUGCACUGCAGCUGAGAGGGGCAGGGACCCCCAGGCUUCUGGACUGGUCUUUGGACACAUCGCCAGGUUCUCGGCAUCGAUAGAAGCACAGGAGCGCUCCCGGGACCCCAGGGUCAAGCCCAGGUCUCCAUGCCUCUUUCCCUCCCCUCUCCCACCACCCAGAGACCUGCCUUCUCCCUCAGAGGCAGUCCACUCCCCCGCGGGUGGCCCACCCACCUCCAGACUCCCAGGCUCGGAGCAGAUGGAAAAGGCUUCUCGCUUAAUAGGCACUGUACUGUUUUCGGUGCUUCCUCCCCGUCAGUGGCUUCCCAGUGGGAAGCAAGACUCCAGGGCCGAGAGAAGUGCGGGAAGGGGCUGCCAGAGGGGGCGGGGGUUAGGGGGUUUAGAAGGAAACGUCCUCGGCCCGGUCCUGAACCUGAAGAGACAUAGCCCUGAGCCCUGUGCCCCCCUCCCCCAGGCUCAGACUGUCUGCCUGUGUGGACCAGUCCUUGAACCCUACCCCUGCUUCCCUGCAAAGAAUCCCAGACCCGGAGAGAAAAGAGAACAAACUGGCAGGAAAGAAGGCAAAGAAAUUGCCUGAAAUCCUCAACUCAGAGCCAAAGUGGCUUUGUUCCACAGAGUCUGUGAGGUUCGUGUUUCUUCCACCCGGCCCUGAUGUUUGGAUGCUCGGACCCUUCUGCCAUCAAUCCAGCCCCACUGGGAGCUGUGGGGGGCCCUGCACAUAACGAUCCUGUUUGUCCCCCCGCCCCGGGAGGUAAGCUUCAGUCCCCCCACUUUGCAGAUAAGGAGCUUGAGACUCAGAGGAGUUCAGGUGACCUUCCCAAAGUCACAGAGACCACACGUGGUAGAGAGAGGAUUCAGAGCCAGGGCCUCAGACCCUUCCCGUGCAGGAUCCCAGCAUCGCUGGCCGCCGCCAAACCCCGGAGAACGAGCCGAGCGUGCAGGGCACACCUCGGCCGCCCAGGGCAGGCUACUGAGGCAGAAGGGCCAGCUGGCAUUGGGUGGCCGUCAGUCUGGCCAUCUGUCCCAUCACAGAAGCAAACCGUGCCGUCUGGCUACGCAGCCCAUGUUCCUAAAAUCACCCAAGUCCGACAGCACCAGCCGGAGAGUGGGCUGGCCUGCUGGCUGCUGUUGGUGCCUGAAUCAUCCGGUUCAAACACAGCCACCGACCCUCCUCGAGGGGGACCUCGUGCUCACUCUCAGAAGGCGAACGUGAGGGGUCUGAGGUCUGGUUCCCUGCAGGAGCCCUGGCAACUCUGCGGCGGCCUUGGCACCUCCCUACCAUUGUCAGUGCCCUACGCCCUCCUUCACGCUCUCCCUGCCCUCGGCUUGCUUUGUGGCCACUGAACCAGUCACUUUGUAUGCUAUACUCCUACUGUGAUGGAAGACAGAAACCAGUAUAACUUAUUUUAUAUCUAUGUUCAGACUAUAUUGAGAAUAUUCUAUGUAUCUCUGAUGUGCUUACUACUGCAGUGCAUUUGUCAUUAGGAUUCAUGUUAAUACAGCACAUUUAUCCUUUGGUA